CGGGACGCGAGCCACUAAACGCGUUCGGUUUCCCGUAAUAGGACAUCUCGCGACUCCCCGCGAAUGCCACUCUCGCCCAUUCACAUGGAUCUCCUAUCAGUCAUACCAGGAUUCUCGACAAAAUCCUACAAUCAUAUCCUACCGUCGCUGGAAAAGAAACACAUCACCACCGUCGACCUCAUCACAGUCGAGCCGCUCGAACUCGCGAAGCGAGCGCAUGUCCCGCCCGGAGACGUCCGUCGUCUCUCCGCGCAAGUACUUCAGGCAUUGCAUCAGGAUCUGGGGUUCCAGGAUGAAGUCGACCAGCGGGAAACAACCGGGAAUGAGGACGUGAAUGGUCGAGAUACGGGAGUUAAGCCUGGACCUUCGACGAAGCUAGAUCCGUCGCGAUGGAGGACGAUUAGCACUCUUGAUCCCGACAUAGACGCGCUUUUGGGCGGUGGGAUACCCACGGGAUAUCUAACGGAGGUGACGGGGGAGAGUGCGAGUGGUAAAACCCAAUUCCUGCUGAACCUGCUUCUCGCCGUGCAGCUCCCUCCAUCAACCGGUCUGGGGAAACGAGCGAUAUACAUAUCCACAGAAGCGCCGUUGGCGACGACUCGACUGUCGCAAAUAAUCGAGUCCCAUCCUCACCUUUCCGCUCUCCCAGAGAAGAGCCGCCCUUCUCUCCAGAAUAUCCUCUCCAUUAACGCCAUCGACCUCGAGACACAGGACCACAUCCUCAACUACCAGCUACCCGUGGCGAUAUCACGCUACAAUGUCGGGAUUGUGGUCAUCGACUCCAUCGCAGCGAACUACCGCGCAGAACACACGUCGCACAGCAUGCUCGGCCUGUCUGCGCGAUCGGGAGAGCUCGCGAGACUGGGCCAGAUGCUGCGCAACCUAGCCGCGAAGGAGGACAUUGCUAUCGUGGUAGCGAAUCAAGUUUCUGACAGGUUCGAUUCUCUAGACGCACACUCCCGGACAAGGGUAGGCCAGAUAUCGAGCCCGUUCCGCGAGUCGGGCGGCGCGCUCGCGUCGCAGAAGAGCAGGCUCGAUAUUGCAAACGGGGAGAUAAACCCUGGCAUUCCGUCAUCUUCACCUGCAAUCCCAUCCUCGCCAUACGUGGACGAAGAGAAUGCGGACGGUUCCUAUCCCAUAGGGAAUCCGGUGCGGAAUGAGAUUUUGAGCCUCGCGCGUCAGCAGCAAUUCUUCACUGGUUGGGGGGAUACCCAGCCGGUCUGGGAUCCGGAGUUCCCAUACCAUACACCGUCAAAUAAAAUCCCAGCUUUGGGAUUUGUCUGGUCGGCGCAGAUCGCUUGUCGUAUUGUACUGAAGAAGGACGAAGAGGUUUCUCUUGCUGAUAUAGCGGCGUUGAGCCAGGAAGUAACCACCACGUCCAGCUCGGGCGAUCGGAUACCUGUCACGCAGAAAGAAAAAACAGCUACAGGGUCCCAUGAAGCAGAUACGGAGACACCCAAGAAGGCACAGACGGAAGAAAGCCAGCUUUCACUCUCUCAGAGGGCUGAUAGAAUCACUAGACGACGAAUGAAGCUGGCAUUUGCCCCGUGGGCAGCCGGUGCGGUGCAAAGAAGCGAAACAGGCGCUGAAGAGACGAAGAAAGCGAUCAUGACGGAUGAAGUCUCAUUUGAGAUAUGGAAGGGCGGCAUCAGGAGCAUCGAGGGACGGUGAAAGGAUCGAUUGGUCCUUGCAGCGAUUGUGACUAUAAUGAAUAGGAUACCACUCACGUUACUUGAAUAUUCAGAGAAUGUACUGUACUGUACAUCUGUUUAACUUGGCUGUGGUAAGAAUUUCUUCACAUAUAUAUCCAAACCAAUAUCUCAUCCAAAGAAGCAAACAGCAGUAUAAUACAAAUCACCCACAUACCUACUAUUCGAAUGUCAUAACAAAAAGGGCUUACAGCUCAGCGUGGUUCCAAAACGCUCAGCGUGGUUCCAAACCAACUCUCACUUACCUACUUAACUACAAUAAUAUAUACCAAAAUCCCCUGAUUACCCUAAAUACCCUAAUUCCCUAAUCCCUAAUUAUUUUGUGGUAUAUGAUCAGUUAUGGAAGUGGUGUAAAAACCGCGCCAAGAGUUUGGAACCACGACGAGCUGGCACCCCCUCAAAAAAGAUCCUCAGAAAGC